AUGGUUCAAUCCGACUCGCAGCCGAAGUUAAGGAUGGGAUAUAAGAACGAGAAUUCAGAAGAAACCGAGAAUGACGAUAUCAUUAAGCCACCUGACGGAGGAUGGGGCUGGUUUGUUGUGCUUGGUGCUUUUAUUAUCAAUGUGAUUACCGACGGUUGCUCUUACUCGUUUGGAGUACUGUUUACGAACCUUAUUGAGUACUUCGAAGAAAGCAGAAGUAAGACAGCAUGGAUCGGUUCAGUCUUUUGUGCAGUUCCUCUACUCUGUGGACCUUUAGCCAGUUUUGUAACGAACAGAAUUGGCUAUAGAAAAGCCACUAUACUCGGAGGUGUAAUAACUACAGCCGGUUUUGUUUGUAGUUGUUUCGUGAAUUCAAUAGAAUCUCUAUGCAUUACAUAUGGAGCUAUUGCAGGCCUCGGUAUAUCGCUUCCGUACCUCAACUCUAUUGUCGUCGUGGCAGAGUACUUUGAAAACAAACGUGCUCUGGUGACCGGCCUGUCCGAGUGUGGUGCUGGCAUAGGUACGUUGCUAUUUGCACCGAUGUUGGAGCGUUUGAUCUCAGAGUAUGGAUGGAGAGGAGCGGUUCUUAUAAUGGGGGGACUAGCGGGAAACAUUGUUGUUUGUGGGGCACUCUUUAGACCACUUCGUGUCGUAGAUUCCGACCAAAAGACAUUGCCAAGUAGUCAAGAGCCAUUCAUUACAAACAAUUCACUGGAUCGGUAUUCCAGUGGUACCCCAACAGAAUUUAAGGUUUUAAGGGCAACAAGGGGAGAUAUUCCCGAAUGUAGUGAUUGGACAUCAGAUUCAGCCUCAAGUUGUUCAUGUGAACGAGAGUCUUCACAUGACGAUAAUGUAUGCAGAACAAGUCAGCUAUCAAUAAAAGUUGUUAACUUACCGGAGAAUCCAUCAUUGAUAGGAGGAAGCAUUGCUUCCUUACCUCAAGUGAUACGUGCAUCCAAGAGUUGCCCCGAGGUCCGGGAAAACAUCAAACUUAAGUACCAAACCAAGUCAAAGAUUGCUUGUCCUAAGUCGAUCGUCGAUUUGAGUGUUCUAGGAAAUCCAGCUUUUCUUAUUUUUGCAUUUUCCAACUUCAUUUUAUAUUUCUGGUAUGACGUCCCAUACGUGUUUACAGUGGACAGAGCCAAAGAGAUGGGUAUUAACAAGAGGGAUGCCUCUUUAAUGGUAGCCAUCAUAGGCAUUCUACAUACUAUAGGUAACAUACUGUACGGCUAUCUGGGCGAUAGACAGUGGAUGAACAGAUCUUAUUUAUAUUGUGUAUCAAUGAUUCUUUGUGGUGCUACCUUGGCCAUUGUUCCAGUUUUCACGACGUUCGUUCCGUCGACUAUCGUCGCUGGUAUGUUCGGACUAUUGUCUGCUGCAGCGGAGGCCCUGUGCUCUGUCAUCAUCGUGGACAUACUAGGUAUAGACAAACUCACUGAUGCCUUUGGUAUUAUGAUGUUUCUGCAGGGCACAGCAAACCUGAUGGGACCACCGUUUGCAGGGUGGCUUUAUGAUGUCUACAGAACCUAUGACAAGACAUUCUGGUCGGCCGGAAUUUGUAUCAUUGUGGCUGGCUGUGUCUUUGUCGUUGUACCAAUGUGGAAGCGGUGCAGAAAGUCGAAAUUUUUCAUAUUUUUAUGAACAGAACUGUACGAUAUAUCAAUUUUGCAGUAAUUGUCUUGCCAAAUCCAUAUUUAUAUAUCAUUAUGUCGCUGGCGAUGCUAUAUUUUUGCUUGGUUCAGUAAAUAUAAAUGAACCAGUGUUCACAUUCCAUAACCAGUUAUCAAUAUGUUUUAUGUAAAUGAUGAGUAAUGCUUGUAGUUUCGGAUAGAUAACGAAUUUAGGAGUGAUUGAGUCAAACAUAUCGAAGUAAUGUUUCACACGAAAGUGAUACCAAGUAUAGGUUUGUCAAUGUCAGGCAUGCAUGAGUAUCAUAAUGUCCUUGGGAAGAAAGUACACCUAUCACAAUACCUGAUCUAUUUAUCAAUCACACUUUCCGUUAUCAGUGGCUUAAUUCAUAAUAAAUCUAGGUAGAUAUUAUAAAAAAUACUGUAUAGUAAUGUAACACUAGUAUAUGCCAAAACCAAACUACCGCGCGGUCAGAGAGAACUUGUUUUAAAUACGACAGAGGUUCGGUCCUAGCGGAAACAUUGUAACAACAAUUUCAGCUACAUUAUAUUAAUUUUGCAUUUAUACAGAAGUAAAUAUCGUAACAUAGUGUAAGUAAAUUGUGCUAGCGUACUUUUUAUGUUUGCUUGCAAAGCUUAGUCAUUAACAACGAUUACUAAUUAAUAUGUAAUUUCGGCGUUAUUGUAGGAUUUGGUCAAUUUCAUGUUAUUUUACAAUGAGGUUUUAUAUGUUUCAAUUCAACUUUAGCAAAUAUAUUACCAAUUUUGGAGUUGUUUUAUGAAAAUACAUGAAAAAAUAUGGAGUUGCUUUAUAUAUGCUGUUUUUCUAUGUAACUAAGGUAAGAUUUGUCACACAAUGUAGGCCAUGUUGCUUUGGUAUGUUAUAGAAAAAUAAAAGAUCACGGUAAAUACAAACAUUUUUGACAUGUAAUACCAGGUCAGAUUCAUAGAUGAUAGAUGUAUUGUGAUUUCACUCGCAGUGGAAUGAAGGGUAUAAUGUGCAUUGUGUAAAUGUACAAAGGAUUGAUGUGUACGAGUUUAUUUUAGAAAAAGACUCAGUGUGCGCUUCCCUCCAAGCCUACAAGGGUGAUUGAUAUAUGCUAUGAACUGGUUAAUAGUAUAAGUCAAACAUAUUGUGUUUUCUACACUCUGUAAAUCGGUGCUCCAGUAACACGAAGAGUCCAGCCUUUAAGUAAGGCUAGGUCAUGAAGUACAUGUCGGUCUACUCGUUCCUCAGAUCGUUUGUGGACGAUGAUUUAUUGGUCUUUAUUUAUUCACUGAAAUACUCCGUUUUAAAUGCACAAUCUACAAACAUGGUUGUCUUGGGUUAAAGUAGAUAAGGCACUGACUGUUAUUAGAAAUUUAAAGAAAUAAAUCAAUUGUUGUCUGUUAACUUGGAUCUCCUAACUCUGGCCAAGUAUCUAUAUUUUAUGUAAUAAAGAUCACAAGCUGGUACUUCAUUUCAAGUUGUAAUCUAGUUUUAUAUAACACACAAUCAUUUUAAAGGUAAGUACACAGCUAUUGUAAUAAAAAAACAAGCAAUACAUGUAUAUAUAUUUUGCUACGAUAUCUGUCCUAUCAUUUUGGUAUAUAUAGUCUGCUACGAUAUCUGUCCUAUCAUCUUGGUAUACAUGGUCUGCUACGAUAUCUGUCCUAUCAUCUUGGUAUAUAUAGUCUGCUACGAUAUCUGUCAUAUCAUCUUGGUAUACAUGGUCUGCUACGAUAUCUGUCCUACCAUCUUGUUAUAUACACUCUGCUACGAUAUCUGUCCUACCAUCUUGUUAUAUACACUUUGCUACGAUGUCUGUCAUACAGUCUGCUACGAUGUCUGUCUUAUUAUCUUGGUAUAUAUAGUCUGCUACGAUGUCUGUCUUAUUAUCUUGGUAUAUACAGUCUGCUACGAUGUCUGUCUUAUUAUCUUGGUAUAUAUAGUCUGCUACGAUGUCUGUCCUAUCAUCUUGGUAUAUAUAGUCUGCUACGAUAUCUGUCCUAUCACCUUGGUAUAUAUAGUCUGCUACGAUGUCUGUCCUAUCAUCUUGGUAUAUGUUUUCUGCUACGAUGUCUGUCCUUCCAUCUUGUUAUAUAUAGUCUGCUUCGAUAUCUGUCCUAUCGUCUUGGUAUACAUGGUCUUCUACGAUGUCUGUUCUACCAUCUUGGUAUAUAUAGUCUGCCACGAUGUCUGUCCUACCAUCUUGGUAUAUAUAGUCUGCUACGAUGUCUGUCCUAUCAUCUUGUUAUAUUUUAAUUUGCUGAAUCAUAACUCCUUGUUCUAUUGCAGUAAUAUUUCUCAAAGCCACCAUGGAUGAGUAUUAUAUGUAUACUCUAAUCUUAUAACUACGCCCGGAAUUUUUUGUUUUUAUUUCUUUUGUUUGUUUCAUGUG